AUAUUAACCCACCAAUUUGAAUAAUUUAAUGAAAAUCACAUUUUCAAGUUCAAGUUUUGAACUAGAUUUGCUCACCAAUUUUAGUAACUUUGCUUGCAUUUGAAUCAUUUUUAACCGCAAUCUCAAUGGAUCGUUGGAUUUGGGCGGUCUUGGUGCCUCGACAAGCAGCCUCUCGUUUGGGAAGACCAUUAUGAUAACUUAUGGAAUUAGUGGGAAAUUAUCAUGAUGUAUAUCUAUUAGUGGCCAGGUGCCAAUUGGCAAGCAAACACGGCGCGGGUUCUGCACACCUCGCACCAUGGAUGGAUGGAUACGCCGUGUCCAAAAAAAAGCUAUAGAAACUAAGAAAUAUUCGAUGAAGAGGAAAAAAAAAAGUAGAAGUAGCCGCUUGGAGCGGAGCGCAAGCCUUCUGGACGCUUCAGCGGUUUCUGGUCAAAUAUUGGGCUGAUUAAACAAAGAUACGCGGGUUGUUGGACCUUGUGGCGCUGGCUCGGAUCCCCUUGAGAGUUCCUAAUUGCGACAAUAGUUUCGGGCAGCAGGCGUGGGUGUUACGGAUCAGAUUCAAAUCGCCACAGUACGAGUAUUCAAAUUCAAGCUAGCUAGCCAUCCAGCCAGGCAUCAGAAUAAGUCGAGUUAUUGUGCGGAUACAUGCCAAACUUUGAUAUCCGGCUCAUGGGCAAUAUGCCCGCCAAUACCGCUGGUCUGUGGAAGCGUGUCACCUUCCUGCUGGCCCUGCCGGCCAUCGUCCUGUGCGCCGCGAACGCCUUCACCGGACACAAGCACGUGGAUCGGGAGCCGUUCGCCAAGUACGAGUACUUGAGGCGCCGGACCAAGCGAUUCCCAUGGGGAGAUGGCAAUCGCAGUUUGUUCCACAACGCCGAGGUGAAUGCCCUGCCCGAGGGCUACGAGGAUGAGGUUGCUGAGGAGGAUUAGCAGCGCCCAUUACCUAUUAUUUUACUCUUUAACUUAGUUUACUAGGAACCGAUGAUUUUUGGAUAAACUUUAUGAUGACCAACUGCGAUCGUCUGCCGAUUCCUUGCCCGUAAUAAAUUAAUCAUUGAGAUCUGAGUCAGUUAA